GUAACAGCACAGAAGGGUGAAACACUGAGAUUACACUGCCUGUCAACCUUCUAGGAAACAGAGAGACAUCAACAAACUAUUAAAUGCCACGAGAACACAGCCAUGGCUGGCGUGCAGUGGACCGUGCGCGAAGUGCGGGGACGUCUGCUCCCGUUCAAGGACCUGGCGGAGGAGGACGACGACUACCUGAAGGAGGAUGCGGAGGAGGACGACGACCCGGGGUUCGUGGACGCCGAGGAGCUGUGCAGUGGCGGCUUGAGGGCGGGUGGCCUCCCGGGGCGCCAGCGCGUUAUGAUUUUGGAUGAAAACACUCAAGAGCAAUGUAAAGUGUUUGGACGUUUUCCAAUGAUGGGUCCUUGGUGGCGAGUGAAGCUACAAGUGAAGCCGGUGGGAUCAAGGAAGUGCUAUCAUGUUCAAGGAUUUCCGUCGUACUCUUUGCUGUCUGACAUGUCGCCACCAGAUCAGAAGCAGAUCUGUUCGCUCUUUCUUAAAGAGUGUGCUAUCCCCGAUGAUAUUAAAAUGAAAUUUCUAGACUGGGUAGGUGAAGUAUCAAGCUUUAAUGACCUCAACUUUGAAAAUCUUAACGAAACAUUUAGAACUUUCCUCAAAAAUGGAAGGAAUGAUAAAAAACAGUCUACACAGAAUGAACGGGAAGAGUCGUUACCGGGGAACGAGACGAGUUUGUCUCUGGAAAACAAAAUCCCGUUUAUAAAUGUAAUGAGAGCUCUGCAGUUUCCAAAGGUAAUGGAAUUCCUCCCAGUUCUUCUGCCUCGACACUUUAAACAGCUCAUCAGCUCAGGUUCUCAAGAGGUGCUGGGAAAGAUAGAAGAGAUUUUAAGAACACAUCCAUGGAAACUUGGGUUUCAUAAAAUAACCUUCAGAGAAUUGAAGCUUUUGCAAUGUGAGGCAAGCUGGGCAGCAUUUUGUCAGUGCAAGUCUCUCUUCCGGCUGAUGAACAAAUUUGAGAAGAACGGAUUGAUAAUAUAUUCUGAACUGAAGCGGCAGUGUAAGGAGCACGGGCACACGUACGUUGAAGAAGCUGACUUGACUUCUCUGUUGUCGGACCGGAUGUCUGUUGAUGACGCUUGGCAGUCUCUGAGGUUUCUGAAGGAUGUCGGCGUGGUGACGUAUGAGAAGGCCUGUGUCUUUCUUUAUGAUCUUUACGAGGCCGAGAGAGGCAUUGCCUCUGCCAUAUGCCACCUGAUGACCAGGCCUCCGUGGCAUUUGCACGUCGAUGUCAGAGAGCUGCUUGGGUCUAUGCAGACCAAGGGAGCGGGGAGUUCAGGAGGUGACGAUACCUUGAAGGAAAGCAAAGCCGAUGAAACAGGAUUAGAAAAUUCUCUGGCCAUUCUGGACACACAGGACAGCGGUGACCAUACUGGGGAUAAUGGUGAACAUGAAGUUCAUGCAGAAGAAAGUGAAGUUCAGCUGGAUCUGGAUCAGGUGGCUGCUCUGGAAAUGAUUUGCUCUAAUGCUGUGACCGUCAUGAGUGGGAAGGGCGGCUGCGGGAAGACCACGAUUGUGAGCCACCUUUUUAAGCAUGUGGAGCUGUUGGAAGAAAGUGAAGCCGAAAGAGUGUGUGAAGAUUUUCAACGAGACCAGGACGUCUCAGAAGAAUGGCUUAACUCUCCAGGGCAGCGUCAGCCAGAGGCGGACAAGGCCAUAAAAGUUCUCCUUACGGCCCCCACAGGGAAAGCCGCCGGCCUGCUGAGACAGAGAACUGAUUUUAGCGCUUACACGCUGUAUCAGGUCAAUUACAGUUUCUAUUCAUGGAAGACAAAAACGGCCCAAGACACGCCAUGGAAGUUUUCUUCUGUCAGAGUUCUGGUUGUGGAUGAAGGGAGUUUGGUAUCUGUAGGAAUCUUCAAAUCGGUUUUAAAAUUAUUGUGUGAGCAUGCCAGACUUUCCAAGCUUAUUAUCCUCGGUGAUGUUAGACAGUUACCCAGCAUUCAACCUGGUAACUUGCUGCAAGAUCUUUUUGAGACUCUUAAGCCCAGAAAAUGUGCUAUUGAACUAAGGACAAACCAUAGAGCAGAGUCGGAGCUCAUUGUGGACAAUGCUACAAGAAUCUCUAGACGCCAGUUUCCCAGAUUUGACGCCGAGCUGAAUCUCUCUGAUAAUGCAACCUUCCCUGUGUCAAUACAAGAUAAAACAUUUAUUUUUGUCAGACUCCCAGAAGAGGAUGACAGUUCUCAGUUAUCGAAAGAUGAUCAUCGGGCUCAUUUAUAUUCUGCAGUUAGAACUUUACUCAAAGAAGAUGACCUGCGAGAUGCCGAAAAAUCACAAUUUAUUGCCUUUAGAAGGCAAGACUGUGAUGUCAUCAACGACUGCUGUUGCAGGCACUACACGGACCACCUCAUGAAAGACCAUCAGAAGAGGCUUCAAUUUGGAGUCGGUGAUAAAAUUUGUUGUACCAGGAAUGCGUAUCUCUCGGACCUGCUCCCUGCAGAUACCCUCAACAGUCAGCAGAACAAUGACUUCGCGCCCAGCGGUGCAGACUUCAAUGGUACUCCUGCUGGUUUUGCUAAUAAGCAUGACUUUGACAGUGGUAUUCGACUCUGCAAUGGAGAAAUAUUUUUCAUAACAAAAGAUGUAACUGAUGUAACCUUUGGAAGGAGAAGACUUGUGACCAUUGAUAAUAGGGCUGGCUUGGAAGUAACUGUGGAUUUUCAGAAACUAAUGAAACAUUGUCACGUAAAACAUGCAUGGGCAAGAACUAUUCACACUUUUCAGGGGUCUGAGGAGAGGACAGUUGUCUACGUGGUUGGGAAGGCGGGCCGCCAGCACUGGCAGCAUGUCUACACCGCGGUGACCAGGGGCCGCUGCAGAGUGUAUGUCAUCGCAGAGGAGUCUCAGCUCCGGAGCGCAAUCUCGAGAAACAGUUUCCGCAGAAGAACUCGUCUAAAGCAUUUUUUGCAAAACAGUCUCUCCAUGAGCUAUGCAUCUCCAGCGGAUUUUGCAUCCCCAUCAAAGAGCUCCGGAGACAGCAGAGGGCACAGCACACAGCCAUCAGCAUCACCCGGCCCUACAGUCACGGCUGACCUGGGGACAAACGAUGUCCCCAGAAGCGAGGCCUCUGCGGCUGACGGCGGGGCCUUCUCCUCUCCUAGAAGAUGGAAAUUUUCUUCACCUGAAGAUGUGGAUAUGGGUGAAGAUUUGUCAACAUCAAGAGGGUGCAAAAGAACCUGUGCCAUGGACAACACUGAGAGUCCAAACAAAGUUCUUAUGGUGGACGAAACCUCUCCUCAAGUGUCUUCCAGACUUCAGACUUUAAAACUAAACAGUUUAACCCCCAGGCGACUUUUCAAAUCCACAGAUAAUCAAGAAACUUAAUUUUAUUUCAGACUGCUCAAAAUAAUUGUCCAUUUUUUUUUCCAUGCAACACAAAAUGAAUAUCAUAGCUUCAAAGUAUCAAGAUAAAAGAGAAUGUCUACAACUGGAGUUUUAUUUUAAGGAGUUUGUGUUAGCAGAUGUUUUAAAUUCAUUUGAUCAAAGAAAACUUUAAUGAUUUGCGCAUCCGUCAUCAUGAGAACUGCUAGCAUUGGACAUAAAGGGAAAAAGAUGUUAUAUUUUUUUUAAAAAAACUGUGUACUUUAAAAAGUGUUUUAUUUUUAGGGUAAUGCCGUAUUGACUUCCGUGAUCAUUUUGGGGGGUCUUUGCCACUGGGCGGAAGCGGUGGUAAAGAUAAGCUGUAAUUGCAUCUCUCGUGUGAUUGACACACAUUCCAGGAUGUCGUGUCUUCUGCAAAGUGGUCAUCUCACAAGGCUGCGCUCGCUCCAUCGCUGCUGCCACCACCCGCCUCACCCACGACUUUUUCCUAGAAAUUCCUUCUGAGUUGCGAGCACGUUGUUUUUCUUUUCUUACUUUGAGCUAUGAU